CCCACAUGGGUACGUGUGCGACGAGGGCGUGCAGACGUCAGGCAUUAGGGCGUCUUGCUCACCAGCUUCCUCGUGGAGGUUCUGCCACCUCCUAGCCUGGCCAGGCUGCAGCUGUCACAGGGAGACUAACCGGCACCAAACAGAGAGGUUGUUGGCUCCAGGUCUCCAAGGCAACCAAGAGGCAGGCUCUGUUGUGACGAUGUAAGUCGCCAUGGGGCUCAGUGAUGGGGAAUGGCAGCUGGUGCUGAAUGUCUGGGGGAAGGUGGAGGCUGAUCUUGCCGGCCAUGGACAGGAAGUCCUCAUCAGGCUGUUCAAGACUCACCCCGAAACCCUGGAGAAGUUUGACAAGUUCAAGAACCUGAAGUCAGAAGAUGAGAUGAAGGGUUCAGACGACCUGAAGAAGCAUGGCUGCACCGUGCUCACAGCCCUGGGUGGCAUCCUGAAGAAGAAGGGGCAGCACGCUUCGGAGAUCCAGCCCCUGGCCCAGUCACACGCCACCAAACACAAGAUUCCCGUCAAGUACCUGGAGUUUAUCUCAGAAAUCAUCAUCCAGGUCCUGCAGAGCAAGCAUCCCGGGGACUUUGGAGCAGACGCUCAGGGCGCCAUGAGCAAGGCCCUGGAGCUCUUCCGGAAUGACAUUGCCGCCAAGUACAAGGAGCUGGGCUUCCAGGGCUAAGUCACCCGCUCCCACUGCCCAGCCCACCCACUGGCACCCAGUGCCAUGUAGCGAGUAGAGUACGCCAUGCCCUAGGUUAGCAGAGAGCAAAAGAGGGGAGCAUGGUGUGGCAUCCAGUGACCCCACCCAGUCGCCUGGGGACAGGGCUCUGGGUGGCAUCACCCAGGAACCCAGAGGUGCAGAGUGGCCUCUGCUUCCUCUGCUAGGUUGAGUCAUGCUCAAUUCUCCUGUCACCUAAGCCCCAACUCACUUCCUCCUGGAAGUUAGGAAAAUCCCUCUUCCGCUGUCACAUGUGACCCCAAAUCUAACUCACUGACUACCCGACCCUGACCUUUGAAUGAGGUCAAGGGUUGAUUAGAGGAGUGGAGGGUGGAAAAGGGGUCAGCGAGCAUCAGAAGAUUCCCGCUGCUCAGCUUCUGACCCACCUUGUUUCAAUAAAAUACCCUG